AAAAGCACAGUCCUAGAUUGCACCCCAGGGAGCGAGGAGGACUUUGGUGCAGCUUUCAGUCGCAAGAUUCUUUCUAUUAUCAGUCCAUGCUCAGUCUUGCAAGGGAAUACAUCAGUUCCUCGACUCUCCUUACCGUUUGGGUUUAAGGCAGAAAUCCAGGAGACACCAUGGGAGGCAAGCUGAGCAAGAGGAAGAAGGGGUACGAUGUCAGCGACCCAAAGGACAAGAAGGAGGAGAUUACUGUGGCUGCUGUGAGUGCCGUUGAGGCCGUGGCCCAUGCCGUGGAGAGCAAAGCACCAGCUCCGGUCGCUGAGUUGGCAGCGAAGACUGCUCCUAAGGUGUCUGCUGCGGUAGAGGGAGCAGUGGAGUCGGCAGCGGUAACCAUCACAGAAGCGACAGAAGAGGCCCUGUCAGCUAUAGAGGCUGUGGCCAAGGGGGCCACCGCCGAGCCAGCGGCUGUACCAGAUGAACCUGUGGCAGCCCCGGCAGAACCAGCGCCAACAGCAGAAGAGCCAGUGGCUUCAGAAGAACCACCGGCAGCACCAGAGGAGCCAGCACCAGCUGCAGCACCAGAAGAACCUGCAGCCCCAGAAGAGCCAGUGUCAGCACCGGAACAACCUGCAGCAGUAGCAGAGGAACCAGCCGCAGCUCCAGAAGAGCCAGUGUCAGCACUGGAAGAACCUGCAGCAGCUGAGGAACCAGCAGCAUCCCCAGAGGAACCUGUAACAGCACCAGAUAAAACAGAGGCACCGGAAGAACCAGCGGCACUAGACGAAACAGUGGCUGCACCAAAAGAGCCUGCCGUGGAAGAGCCUGUACCAGAAGAGCCUGCGGCAGCACCAAAAGAACCUGCACCAGAAGAGCCUGCGGCAGCACCAAAAGAACCUGCACCAGAAGAGCCUGCGGCAGCCCCAAAAGGGCCUGCAGUGGAAGAGCCUGCACCAGAAGAGCCUGCGGCAGCACCAAAAGAGCCUGCACCAGAAGAGCCUGCGGCAGCACCAAAAGAGCCUGCACCAGAAAAGCAUGAUGCAGCACCAAAAGAGCCUGCACCAGAAGAGCCUGCGGCAGCACCAAAAGAGCCUGCACCAGAAAAGCAUGAUGCAGCACCAAAAGCGCCUGCACCAGAAGAGCCUGCGGCAGCACCAAAAGAGCCUGCACCAGAAGAGCCUGCGGCAGCCUCUGUGGAACUAUCCGCAGCACCAGAAAAGGAUGCUGAGGCUACAGAACAAGCCACAGAAGUGGCAGACACUACAGAACCUAAGCCUGCUGCUCCAGAGCCUGAAACAGAGACUGUUACAGGGGAGGCCCCAGAACCUGAGGCUGUGCCCGAGGCACCAGUAGAGGCAGAAGCAGCUUCACCCGCACUGGAGGAGGAGCCUACAACAGUUGCAGAAGCUGUGUCAGAGUCAGCCACAGAGGCAGCCGCAGAGCCAGAGGCAGCCGCAGAACCAGGAUCCGUCCUAGAACCAGCCGCUAAAGAGCUCCCCCUACCUGUAGAAGAAUCCGUAGCAGAGCUUGAACCUGAAGCUGCUGAUGCAGUAACAGAGGCAGCAGAGCCAGAGGCUGCCGACGUUGCAGAACCCAUCCCGGAGAUCAUCAUUUCAGAAUCUGCUGCACCUGCUGCUGCAGAGGAGGCCAACGCUGUGCCACAGGAGGCUGUGCUGGACAACAGGGAAGUUGUUUCCGCAGAGGAGGCUACUGCUGAGCCUUCUGCCCCUGAGGUCAAUGGGGAGUGUCAGGAGCAGGCGGCCGAGCCGGCUGCCGUGUCUGCCCCGGAGCCACAGCAAAAGGAAUGUGUCAAUGGCAUUGACAAACCAGAGCAUGCCGUUGAGGUGCAAAUUGACUGUGAAUUAAAAAAGGACUUGAACCUGACUGGCGACAUCCAGAUUCCUGAGGCAAUCGGUGAGGCAAUAAGUCAGGCUAUUGACUUGGUCUGAAGCUAAUAUAAAUGUGUCCCUAAAGUCCCUAAUGAUCCGAAAAAACCUCCAACACAAGCUUCUGAAGAUAAAUCUAAAAAUGUUUGUUGUGGCAAAGGAGUUUCCGGUUAACUAAAAUGAAAUACAACCACUCAAGUGUAGAGAGGGGGAGUGAGGUACAUGUAGGAAGAGAUGUGAGACAUGGAUGCAGUGUUGAGUCUUUGUGCCCCACACGUCAUUGCAGAGGGGCAGCCUGUGUUUGCAGCAUUUGUGGUGAGAUGAAAGCCAGCAAAAUUUGAGGGAUGAGUAUAGGAAAACCGGGGAAAAAAACUGGACAACAGAGAAAAUUGACAUUGGAAAUUUGGAAUGGAAUGAGUAGUCUUGUCUUUGUGUGUGAGCCUGAUGAACAUUAAAAAUGGUUUAUCAGAAUAGCAUUCAAUAGUGAUCUAAUUUAGACUUUCACAUAUCCUUUCCUUAACUAUAUGAAAAAAUAAUGGAUGAAAAGUUUUGGGCUUUUAUAAUGGGGCAAACAGUAAGGAAUGUUCAUUGAUGGCUUGGAAUGGAGAAUAAAACAAGACUGUUAUACCUGA